CUUUAAUUUGGUGAAAUCCCCUAAGCAGGAACAUGUAUCAUUAUGAUAUUUUGCAAGCAUGACACUUGCUUAUGCUGCUGUCAUGUGUGCGGGUUUUACAGACUUGGCUGAAGUCAUACUUAGCAAAAGAGGUCAUGUUGUUGCUCAUGCCUUGGUGCAAUUUUUUCUCCACACAGUAAAAACACAUUUCCCUUUAGCCAACUUAACUGGCUGGCAUUGUGUAUUCCCGUCACACUGUGUUGUUGGGCCAAGAAAUCAAAGGUCAAAACACACUCUAUAAAUGAUUCAGCAGUUUACAGAGACUUCAUCAUCACUGGUCACUGUGUUGUGUGAAACAGCUGCAAGAACCAGCCAAAAGUAAACGGGGAAAAGUGCCAACUGUUCAGCUAAAAGGGAAUCAUGAGGAUCCCGUUUGCUUCUUUGCUGCUGCUCUCUGCCACUGUGUUCUCUCAGGAUGCAAAUGUUUCGUUUCGUUACAGAAAGUUUAUAGAUCAACAUAUCAAUGUGCGGAUGAAUGUCAAUCAAUGUGAUGCUGUGAUAAAAAGUAGAGGCAUCUCCAUAACCAACAGCAAUGAGUGCAAGGAGACGAAUACCUUCAUCCAGGCCUACCCAGACAAAAUCAAAAACAUCUGUGGGAGUGCAGGAGUGGCAUAUGAGGGCAUGAUGACCAAAAGCACCAAACCAUUCAGCAUUGUUGUCUGUACCUUGAAAAGAGGGAUCAGGCAUCCUCAUUGUCAGUACCGUGGUCAAGCUUACACCAGGUACAUUGUAAUCCGAUGUGAACAAGGCUUACCUGUGCACUUUGAAAGAGACAUAAUAAACCUUGAAAACUGAAUGAAUAGUAGAAGUGUACUACAGUCUCUUGUUAAAUAAAAUACAUUUGACAAUUUA